AUGACUUCUGCUGUUCAUUUUAAUGUUAUCAAGUUAGCUCCGAAUCAGGAACUACUAGAAUUAAGUAAUUGGGAUACGAAUCCAAUUUUAUCGUCGACCACAAGUACAAGAAUAACGACAACUACAUCAACAACAGCAACCACUACUACUGCUACAACAACAACAACAACUACAACUACUACAACAACAACAACAACAACUACAACAACAAUAACUACCACAACAACAACAACUACAAUUACAACGACAACAACAACAACAACUACCACAACAAUAACUACCACAACAACAACAACUACCACAACAAUAACUACCACAACAACAACAACAACAACAACAACAACUACAACAUCCACAACAUCGGUAACGACUACAACAUCGACAACAUCUACUACAACAACACAAGGAAUUACACAAUGGAGUGCAUUUUGGAACUUUGAUAAUAAUGUUCUGGAAUUGUUCAACAGCUACGAUGGUGUUACAUCGGGAAGUCCAUCAUACACAACUAGCUUGUUAGGACAUGGUGCUGCAGUUAGUCUAACAUCAUCUUCAGCACAGUAUGUGUCUGUUUCAUCAAAACAAAUACUAUUCAAUACUACUAGUUUUACAAUUGAAGCAUGGAUUUACCCAAUUAGUUUAACAACAUCUGAUCAUGGAAUAUUCGGUCAGUGUCAAUCCGUAACAACCAAUAUGUGUCUUCAUUUUGUUUCUCGAAACUUACUAUUAUAUUGUGGUUUCUAUGCUAAUGAUGUAUCAGGAGUGACUACAUUAACAAUGAAUCAAUGGAGUCACGUUGCAUGCGUUUAUGAUAUAACCACACAAACACAACAAGUUUGGCUUAAUGGUGUACUCGAUGGAACACGUACAGCAUCUCCCUAUCAAGGUUCAUCAGGAAUGUUAACAAUUGGAAUGACGUACGUUCCAUUUCCUAAUAAUUACUAUUUUAAUGGCUAUUUGGAUCAAGCACGAUACGAACCAAGAGCAAAAAGUGCCACAGAACUAUUAUAUGUCGCCACGCUAUUUGUUCAUUAUUCAUUCGAUGGCGGUUCUCUUCUUGAUCAAGGACCGAAUGGAAUUAAUGCAACUUCGUCAGGGUCCCCAAUAACUGUCAUUGGACGACUCAAUGAAGCGCUUCAAUUUAGUUCAGGAGCUUAUGCUUAUGUAAAUUACCCAUCUUUCUACUUUUUAGGCGUUACAAAUUACCCGUUCACAAUAGCACUAUGGGUUGCACCGACAGGAAGUUAUUCAGAUUCAACAAUUUUCUUUGUUGUUGCAACAACAGGAUGGUGUGUUAAUUUUUUGACUAUGACUUCAAGUGGUAAUAUAAUUGCUAACUUAUGGGAUGGAGGUCCGGUUGCAACAGGAGGUCCUAUUCUUCCCUUGAACACAUGGAAUCAUAUUGGAUUUACAUACAGCUCAACGAAUGGUGUUCGUUUGUACAUUAAUGGUACUUUAUAUUCAACAUCAGGGCCUUUUUCUUAUUCAGCCUCUGGUGCUCUUGUCACUAUUUGCCUAGCUGGAAAUUUUGGCAAGUCAUGUUCACCAAACUACGGUGGGCCGUUUACGGGCGCAUUGGAUGAAUUUUUUGCAUAUUCACGUGAAUUGAGUUCGUCCGAAAUUUUAACAUUAGCCAAUCUUUACUAA